GUUGAUAAAGUACGUUUUAUACAUUAUCUCUUCGAGACGUUCUAUUUCUGCCAGACCGAAGUUCUCAAUUUUCAAUUAUUUGGAGACUGCAACUAGGAAUUCUGAUUCUGCAAUAAAAUAAAUUGAUAAAUGCAAACCUUAAUUUCCAAUUUAUAGGGAAAACAAUGGUGGACAGAAAUACAGAAGUGAUGUCAUGAUUGAAGACAAAGUCGUUAUUAUAACUGGAGCUAACACUGGAAUAGGAAAAGAAACUGCAAAAGAACUAGCUUGGCGAAAAGCAAAAGUUUUUAUGGCAUGUCGAAACAUGAAAAAGUGUGAAGCAGCAAGAGAAGAAAUCGUAUUAGAAACUAAAAAUAAAUAUGUAUAUUGUAGAAAAUGUGAUCUGGCAUCAAUGGAUUCUAUAAAGAAAUUUGUGGAACAAUUCAAAAAGGAGGAAAAACGAUUAGAUAUACUCAUAAAUAAUGCUGGUGUUAUGAGGCCUCCAUAUUCUAAAACAAGGGAUGGUUUCGAGCUACAGUUGGGUGUAAAUCACAUGGGUCAUUUUCUACUAACCAACUUGUUAUUAGAUCUACUGCAGCAAAGUGCACCAAGUAGAAUAAUAAAUAUAUCAAGUAUAGCUCACAAAAGGGGAAAAAUAAAUAAAGAAGAUUUGAACAGUGAUAUAAAAUAUGAUAAGGCAGAAGCAUAUGCACAAAGCAAACUAGCAAAUAUUCUAUUUACUUUGGAACUAGCAAAAAGAUUGGAAGGAACUGGUGUUACAGUUAAUGCUGUUCAUCCUGGUAUUGUGGAUACAGAGAUUAAUAGACACAUGAGCUUUUAUAAUAGCUGGGUGGCAAAAAUCUUCAUCAAGCCUUUUAUAUGGCCGUUUAUUAAAAAUCCUAGACAAGGAUCAUACUCAGUGGUUUAUCUAGCAUGUAAACCAGAAUUAGAAAAAGAAACUGGUAAAUAUUUCAGCAACUGUGAGGAAGAUUUUGUAUCAGACCUUGCAAAAGACCAGUCUUUAAGAACUUGGUUAUGGGCUGUCAGUGAAAGAUGGACUAGAUUGAAAGAAACCAAAGACGUCAUGAGUUAAUAAAGAAAAUGUGUAAAAAAAUAUAAUUACGAAUUUUA